AUGUCAUCUUAUCUCAGUUUCUCAGUUCCAAUGUCGCAGAUGGAGAACAUAUGUGUAGGAACCGAUAUGGAUGAUGUCAGUACAAUGCCUGAGGAAAAUCAAGCGGGAGACACAAAAGGGCAACGGAACGAGGUUACACCGCCAAAUCAGCUCAAUGCACAAGAUUAUGUUCUCCUAAUUUCCAUACAACUGGGGAGUGCUGUCCAUCGGAAACCAAAUGUGAGCGCUUUCGCGUAA